AUGGCUUUUGCAGCGGCUCGCAUGAUUUUGAAAGAUAAGAGAAGGAAGGCUUCUAAGGAAGAUUUUAGAGAUCCGAGAAACAGGAGCAAGGCCCGGAGCGCUAGCACCAGUAGCUUUAGGAGUGUAAGUCAGGCUCGAAACAAGCCAGCUGAUGGCAGUGGACAUGUCAAUCAAAAAAAUGCUGCGGGCCAGAAAUCAACGCCAUCGUGUCAAAAAGGUGCAGCAACAAAAGGUGGUCCAAAAACUCCAGUCAAGCCAUCAGCACAGAAAGGAGCGGCGAAGACAGCACCACCCAAGCAGGCGGCAGCGGCUGGAGCGAAGACGCCACAGGGGAAGAAGAAAAAAGGCCACAAACACCAACAGUACGAACUCAUUGUCACUAUAAAUUUGUCAGAAUACGGACUCACGGAAGAACAAGUCGCAGAAUUUAAGGAAGCAUUUAUGCUAUUCGACAAAGACGAAGAUGGCACCAUCACGAUGGCAGAACUAGGUGUGGUGAUGAGAUCACUUGGACAGAGGCCGUCAGAGACUGAACUCCGAGAUAUGGUGAAAGAAGUGGAUCAAGACGGUAAUGGAACUAUCGAGUUCAAUGAAUUCCUGCAGAUGAUGUCUAAAAAGAUGCGCGGAGCAGACGGCGAAGAUGAGCUGAGGGAAGCUUUCAGGGUAUUCGACAAGAACAACGAUGGAUUAAUAUCUUCAGUUGAACUUAGACACGUCAUGACCAAUCUUGGAGAGAGACUUAGCGAAGAAGAAGUAGAUGAUAUGAUCCGUGAGGCUGACCUCGAUGGAGAUGGCAUGGUCAAUUACGAUGAGUUUGUAACAAUAUUGACUUCGAAAAACUAGUAUGCAGAGCAAAAACCCAAGAGAGAUCGUCCCCCGCCGCGACAGUGUCCAUAUACGGAACUAACAAAGCUCGGAGGGAAAGAAACUCUUAUUUAGAUGAGUCAGUGUAAACUCAAUUCGAAAGUGUUGUUUUAUACGCUUGUGGGGGGAGUGUUAAUACUGAAUCUGUGUGGAACAAACGCCUAAUCUCCCAACGAAUUUUUUUGUUGCAUGACAUGAAAUACGAACGGCCUUCGUGGAAGUGCACCUUUUAUAACUACCGUGAUUUUUUCAAUUUAUUCAAUCGUGUCGUUUAUCUGUAUUUUAAUUUAUUAUUGAAAUUGAAACGCUGGCUCGCUAAUUUUGUAGCGGAUGUGAUGAGACGUGUCUCUUGACAUGAAAUAACAUCAAAGUAUGGAGAAAAACUUUGGAUUUAAAUGUAGAUUCGCUAGCUAAUGAAGCUGUUGCAUGAUUAUUUAUAUGUUUGUUUAUUAACGCUAUAAGAAUUGUCGCUUGAUGUUUGUACGAUGAUUUUAAAGAGCCACAUAUCGGGCUGUAUGAGCGGUCUGUAAAUAUUGUUUGUCUGUGGAUGUAAACGGACCGUCGAGACCGUUUUAUUUAAAAUAUUCAUAAUUUAAAUGAAUAUAGUUGAUAAAUGUUUUAAAUAUAUAUAUUUGUUAACAGACAUAAUAAAAUUAUGAUAAAACUGAAUAAAAAUAUUUUAAACAAGUUUGUAAGGCUUGUUGUAUUUUAUCAAGUGCUUGAUUUUUGGUCUGUGAAAGAAAAAAAAAUGAAAAAAAAAUUGACGUUGUAAAUCCGU